GAUCAACAAAAAAAAGCCGCAAUUCUGACGUAGGCUCCUGUUAAUUGUGUGUCCUUAUCUAUGCAUCUCUACUAUAGGUUUAUCUUUGAGAUGGUAUUGUACCAACUCAUCCGCUGUGGGCCUAUUGGGAUAUCCAUCACUAUUGAUAUCAGCAGAAUAUUAACCUUCCUUUUCUUUGCAGAACCGAUGUACCCAGACCAGAGUGACUUCCAUUACGAUUAUGAGACAUUACGGACCACAGGUGUUAUUCUCGCCACAGUAUUGGCUGUUUCAGGCAUUCUAAUAGCAAUGAGUAAAAAAUUCACAAAUUGUGUUAAGUCGUCCUCCAAGACUCCCGCUUCUGGGACCCCCAUCCCCAAAACAGAAGUUCCUCCCCAGACGGUGUAGGGGGGCCGCGGGGGGCCGGGACCACCCCGCCACCAGCCGCCAUGGGCCCCGGGCCGCGCUCCUACGGCUGACGGACCGCCGCCAAGUAGGAGACUGACAGGCCAUCGAUCCACUUAUUCAUACACAGUAUUAAGCACCGUUUCUGACGUCUGCGCCGUCGUCCGCUAUCGCAUCGCAGUUCUCGACUCUCAAAGCGCGGAAUGUAUUUAAAACACUAAAUAAACAUGGAUGCACGUGAACGGAGGAGCGGGAAUGUGAGGCGGCCCGACGGCUGUCUGGGAAGAUUCCCUCCUCCAGAGUAGACGGACUGCAUGACGGGAGGAGUCCGAUAUAGUAACGAUUGUACCGUAGAACCCUUUGCCUUGUUAGAUGAUGGUGCACCCUUAGGACAUUUUCAAGCAAAACAAUAAAAAAGCAUGAAUUGAAACUGUUCUUAAAAUGAUGUUAUGGAAUUUGUUUUGUGAGGUUUUGUGUUUCUCACUUUCUUGAUUUUAUAUAUUUAUUAUGAGGUUUUAUUUAGCAUAUUCUAAAGCUCCCGUGUCAUCUACAUUAUAAGGAAAUCAGUUAUGCAUCAAAGUUUAAUUCAAUGUCGAUAUAACAUAAUGUCCUGGUGCAUAUUGGACAUUGUGAAUUAAAUAUAUCAAAUGUAUUUCAUUGUUUGGUUUUAAACCUUUUCUCAAUUGUGCGUAAUAUUCCUCAUGAUCACAAUGGCUGAUGUUUAGAAUUGCUGUAGGAUUAUGACAUCAUGACGUUAUAAUCCAGAUCACAGGGAUUUAUAAAGUCAGGUUAAAUAAACUACUCAGCAAGACUUGUUUGGUCUUUUUAAUAAUAUGAAUAUCUAUCUGUCAAUAAAUCUGCUCUAU